AACACUUUUUUUGUCGGUUUAUGACCUCGCUCUGGCAGUCACUCCAUUGUCCAGACUCCAGAGUCCCAUUCCCCUGUUUUUUUUGUCACUGCUCACUCCUCAGUCACUGGUAGCUGCCUCCUCUCUGCGUGUAAAACUCCUGCAUUGUCUCCAUUUCCUCUGCUACAGCUGAAGAGGAAGGAAGAAGAGUAGAUAGAGAAGCGCUGCCAUAUGGAUCUCUCGUCAUCUCUCGUUCUCAGCUUUGUUUUUCUACUUAUAACUUCAAGAGGUGUGCAAGGUGCCACAUUCACAUUCGUCAACAGGUGCGAAUACACUGUAUGGCCAGGCAUUCUUGCAAAUGCUGGCAGUCCUAGACUUGACAGCACCGGAUUCGAGCUCCCCAAGGACUCUUCCCGUUCCUUCCAAGCCCCAACUGGCUGGUCUGGUCGUUUCUGGGCCCGAACAGGUUGCAACUUCGACGGAUCCCUAUCCGGUUCCUGCCAAACUGGAGACUGCGGCUCUGGUCAAGUCGAGUGCAACGGACUCGGAGCAGCUCCACCCGCCACGCUAGCGGAGUUCACUCUCGGAACUGGCGGGCAGGACUUUUAUGAUGUCAGCCUCGUCGACGGGUACAACCUACCCAUGAUCGUCGAAGGCUCUGGCGGGUCGGGUCUCUGCGCGUCUACCGGGUGCACGACGGAUCUGAACAGUCAGUGCCCGCAAGAGUUGCGAGUCGGUGAAGGAGACGCCUGUAAGAGCGCUUGCGAGGCUUUUGGAUCCCCAGAGUACUGCUGUAGCGGCGCGUACAACACACCCAGUACGUGCCGGCCGUCCGUUUACUCCGAAAUGUUUAAGGCCGCGUGUCCCCGCUCGUAUAGCUACGCCUACGAUGACGCCACUAGUACUUUCACUUGCUCCGGUGCCGACUAUACGGUGACGUUUUGCCCUUCCUCUCCAAGUCAGAAAUCUUCAAGCUAUGCAACACCAUCAACAGGAACAUCUCAGGGUUCAGGGGGAGAGUCACAGCCCGGUUAUGGGUUCACCUAUUCUGGGUCAGGGUCGGGGUCGGGGUCGGGGACAAUGUCCGGGUCAGGGUCUGGUGAAGGAGAGACAAUGCUGGCAGAUGGGUCAUGGUUAGCUGGUUUGGCAAUGGGAGAUUCAUCAAGAACAACAGCCUCGCAAUCGUUAAUUGUUGUGGCUUUUGGAUCACUAUCUCUGAUCAUACUCUGCUUUUUCUACUUGUAGCAGCAUCUCUGUUUAGUUCAUGUUUUUUGUAAGUUUAAUGUGAAUUUUUUUACAGUCUAUGCAGCAGCCUUGAUUGGGGGUGGGUGUGUCUGUCUUUUGCCUCUGUUGGAAAAGCUGGAAAGAUUCUUGGUCCAGUUUGUAGAACCACCCGCUUCAAAGAUAUGCUCUGAAAAGUGUUUUGAUAUGGUUUUGGUAAUAUUAGGAAAUCAGGAUGAUUGAUGAAGAAGAGUUCCUUGAUUUUGGUAUUUAGUAUUGUUUGCAUUUGCUUUUUUGCAAUUGCAAGCGAUUUGUGUAAUGUGAAUACAUAGUAGGGGUUUGUUGGCUGCUUAGAUCUUGAGAGAUGGACCACUUUGCUGAA